UCUAGCUUCUUUGUACAAAAUUGUGUCCAAAAUUGUGGAAUCUUACUUUUCUUAAUAUCCAAGUUCCACUUACAAAAAGCAAAUGAAGUUUCAUUUAUUUGCAGAAUUUCCCCUUAAAAUACUCUUUUUAGCCUUUUCUCCGAUAGAGAUGAGCUGGAUCUUUCCCACUGCCUGUGAGACAUCACUAUAAAAUGGAGGCACAGUGUCAUGGAAAAAGUACAGUGCUGCAGAGAAGGUUCUUCAACAUUUACUAGCUUGGCUAUCGAUGAAUUAAGAGUCCACCCUUACACUGAUGUUACCUUGCCUUGCCAUUUCUCCUUCGUGAAAGGCACAGACGACCUUGAGUUUUACUGGGAAAGAGAAGACAUCGAAGAGGAAUUUGAGGUGGAAGAUGACAAUGAUUAUUUCCGUUUCUUCAGGUUCUAUGAUUUUUUUGAGAUGUUCUCAAAAGUGGUUUACCAGUUUAAAAAUGACAAGGAACAAGUGGAGGAACAGAACUCCAUGUAUGAGAAAAGAGUUUCUGUGGAUCGUGAAGAAAUUUCUGAAGGAAGCUUAUCCCUUUUAUUAAAAAAUGUGAAUUUCCAGGAUCAAGCAAUCUACAAGUGCUUUGCUAUGUCUCCAACUGGACGGGGAGAAAGUAAAAUUAAGCUAAUUGUAGAAGAUUCUGAGGAACCCCGAGUGGAAUUCAAGGAAAUCGAUGAUGAAACCGUGGCCACCUGCGUCUCCUCAGGCUGGUACUACUUGCCAAAUGUGACUUGGCUGGACCGGGGAGAGAGGGAUUUGUCCAAUUACAGCACCGUGGAGAUCUUCGAGGAGCAGAUGAAUGGUGCAUAUAGAGUGUAUUCUGUCCUGAGAUACCCCGUCAAACUCAAUGAGAAAUAUGUUUGUCGCAUAAUAGAGACGGAUGUGAAUUUCCAACCAUUCAGGACUAUUCGCAAGUACCCUAGAAGAAAAUUUCAUCAUUCAUAUGAUUACUAUUAACGGCCUGAAGAAGAACCACAACCUUACCCUGCUGGCAGCCAACCUGGUUUCCUUUUCUCAGAGGCAACAAUAUCCUAUUCACUACUGACACAGCUUUCCAGCUUCCUUACCAACUGCCUUCCCAAGCUCAAGAAAUCUCUGCUCCAGGCUCCUAAUCCGUUACUAUCUACUCGAACUUUUUAAAAGAGGGACUUGAUCCAUAUUUCACAUUAUUCCCAGGACUUGUCUCGUGGCUUUCUCUCAAUCCUUGCCUCCACAUUCCAGCUCACCUUUAUGUACCAUCUUCCCUCAUUAGAAUACAAACUUCUAAAGGUUAGAGACUGUCUUGCUUAUUUGUACUUGUAUUAAGAAUGCCUGGCACAUAUUAAAUACCUAAGAAAUGCUCUAUUUGUCUGUCUGUCUACCUACUUAUGGAGCAGCUAAAUGGCUUAAGAGUGCCAGGUCUCAAGUCAAAUUUGUAAGUUCAGAUCUGGGCUCAGAUACUUCCUUGCUGUAUGACCCUGGCCAAAUCACUUAAUUCUAUAUUUGCCUCUGUUUCCUCAUCUGUAAAAUAAGCCGGAGAAGA